UUAUAUUUGUCAUUCAAUCAAGAAUUAUCGGUACCCGCGGCUGUGCGCGUGCGCAUAAACUGGUAUUGUAAAUCUACGUACUAUAUCUAUACGAUAGGAUGGGAGGUAAUUAUUCAGCAAUGGAUCCAAUGGACGUGCCUGUGCCUGAUAUUGAAAAAUUAUUCGAACGAGAUGGGUAUUUGAAGCCUUACGAAAGAGAAAUACGCAGAAGAUAUGGCUGCUUUAAAGAUAUUUGGGAUAAGAUGGAGUCAUGGGAUGGCGGAUUACAAGGAUUUACAUCAGCUUACAAAUACUAUGGUCCUCAGUUUGGCGCUGAUGGGUCUGUCACUUGGAGGGAAUGGGCACCUGGUGCUCAUUCAAUACAUCUUCAAGGAGAUUUUAAUGGUUGGAACACCAAAAGUCAUCCCUUUAAAAAGUUAGAAUUUGGCAAAUGGGAACUGUAUAUUCCACCCAAUGCUGAUGGCAGCUGUUCCCUACACCAUCAGAGUCGUGUACAAAUUAUUGUUAAUGAUAAUUUAUACCGUGUAUCUCCUUGGGCAAGCUAUGUGAAGCCAUUUGAGGGGUUCACAUAUCAACAGUUUAUUUACCGACCAAAUGAUCCAUAUAAAUUCAAACAUCCAAAAGUUCCUAGACCAGCCUCUCUUCGUAUAUAUGAGUGCCAUGUGGGUAUUGCCACUCCAGAAGGAAGAGUUGGGACAUACACUGAAUUUAAGGAUAACGUUUUGCAACGGAUUAAAAACCUUGGGUAUAAUGCUAUCCAGUUAAUGGCAAUUAUGGAGCAUGCAUAUUACGCAUCCUUUGGAUAUCAGGUUACCAGCUUUUUUGCUGCAAGCAGUCGUUAUGGGACGCCCUGCGAACUAAAAGAACUAAUUGAUCGGGCACACGAAUUGGGCAUAUACGUAUUAUUAGACGUAGUACAUUCGCACGCGUCCAAAAACACGUUAGACGGUCUCAAUGAGUUCGAUGGCACCACGGCGUGCUUCUUCCACGAUGGUCCCAGGGGAACCCAUUCCUUAUGGGAUAGUCGGCUUUUUAAUUAUUCAGAAACCGAAGUGCUAAGAUUCUUACUGUCGAAUCUCCGUUGGUAUCAAGAGGAAUAUCAGUUUGACGGAUUCAGGUUUGAUGGUGUAACGUCAAUGUUGUACCAUAGCCGUGGUAUUGGUGAAGGCUUUUCGGGACAUUAUGACGAAUAUUACGGUCUUAAUGUUGAUACAGAGGCACUCGUGUAUUUGAUGUUGGCUAACGAACUCGUCCAUGGCAUAGACAAUAGAGCUAUAACUAUUGCGGAGGAUGUAUCUGGAAUGCCGGCAACGGGUCGGCCAGUGAAGGAAGGUGGUACCGGCUUCGAUUACCGCCUAGGCAUGGCCAUCCCCGAUAUGUGGAUAAAGCUGUUAAAAGAAGAGAAAGAUGAAAACUGGAAAAUGGGACAUAUCAUUCAUACUCUCACUAAUCGAAGAUGGAUGGAGGGAACGGUGGCAUAUGCUGAAAGCCAUGAUCAGGCACUUGUAGGCGAUAAGACAAUCGCAUUUUGGCUUAUGGACAAAGAUAUGUACACCCACAUGAGUACACUGAGUGACUCUAAUCCAGUGAUAGAGCGAGGACUUGCCUUACACUGUAUGAUAAGACUUAUCACACACGCUUUGGGCGGGGAGGCGUACCUCAAUUUUAUCGGUAACGAAUUCGGUCACCCCGAAUGGUUGGAUUUCCCUCGAGCGGGCAACAAUUCGUCAUAUCACUACGCACGAAGACAGUGGCCGUUAGUUGACGAUGAAUUACUCAAAUAUAAAUACCUGAACAAUUUUGAUAGGGACAUGCAAAUGCUUGAGGAGAAAUAUGGCUGGUUGAGGUCGAAUCCGGGUUAUGUUUCUUGCAAACACGAAGGCGACAAGGUGGUAGCGUUCGAGCGAGCUGGAUUACUCUUUGUCUUCAACUUUCAUCCCUCACAAAGUUUUACAGAUUACAGAGUUGGGGUGGAUGUGCCCGGAAAAUACCAGGCGGUGUUAUGUUCUGAUAGUAAGAAAUAUGGCGGCUUUGGUCGCGUCGAACCGGACGGCGAAUUUCAUUUCACCUUAAAUAGUGGAUGGGGUAAUAGGAGAGACUCGGUUCAGGUAUAUAUUCCAUGCCGCACAGCAAUUGUUUAUGCCAAGUGUGAUUGAUAUGUACAAUGAUUUUAUGAAAGUGUAUCACAAUUUAUAAUCAGCCAAAACAUUUGUGAUUACAACCUUGCCAUAUUUUUAGAGAAUUUGUUUACUAUUUACUGCCAUGUUAUGUAUUUUUAAGCUAGACUGUUGAUAAUAGCACCGGUACUCUGUAACUGUAACUUCACUUCUCGUUUUUCUGCAGCCUGUAAAGCUCAAGUUAUACUUACAUUGAAGAAGAGAUCAAAAUCAAUAUUCAGUUACAGAGUACCACUGCAGACAGUUGUGCUCGGACUUGGUUGCUUUGUUUUUAUUUCAUACCAGUCUUUAUAUGCGAGGCAUUAAAAGAUAUGAGGAAAUAUUAUUAACAAUGUAAAACAUUUAACUAAAAGUUAAAGUGUUUAAAAGACUUAUUUGUAACAAAUUGUAUAUUUAAUAAAGCAUGUUUAUA